CCCCGCAUUUCUUUCUGGGAGGCGAACAGCAGACAGGCAUUUGAGAUUCUAUAUAGCGGGAGAAUAUAGUGUUGGCAACGUUCUUUCAACCUCCAACAUUCCUCGACGUGCAGUUAUGAUUUUGUGGAAUUGACAACAAAGAACAGUGGAUUGGAGAAGGAUUGAGAUAUCAGCACAAAGAAACUAAGAGAGUCACCUACUCCAAGCAGUGUAGAGGGGGAAACCAACUACUGCAGCGCCAUGGCUGACCCAAAGCUGGCUGACCCAAAGCUGGCUGAACUAAGAGACGGCAUGGCAGAUUUUACAGUUCAGACGGCCAAGCACUCCAACCCUCCAAUCUCCUCCACUCCCCUGCGGCCGCCCAGCGAACAGCAGUCCAAGGACCGGGCCUCCAAAAGGCAUUCCUCCGAGUCCAACGGGACCAGCGAGGGUGGAGCAGGGUCGCGGACGCCCGUGGAGAUAACCGCACUGGAGGAGUCGUUCCGGCGCUUCGCCAUCCACGGCGACACGCGUGCCACAGGAAAGGACAUGCAUGGCAAGAACUGGUCCAAGCUGUGCAAGGACUGCGGCGUCAUCGACGGAAAAACUGUCACCCUCACGGACGUGGAUAUUGUCUUUACUAAAGUCAAGAAGAAAUCCUGUCGCACCAUCACGUUUGACGAGUUCAAGGCAGCGGUGGGAGAGCUGGCCAGCAAGAGAUUCAAGGAGAAAACGGGAGAGGAGGCAGAGGGGGAGGUGUUCAGGAUGAUUGAGGGGAAGAAACCAGUCAUUAAAGGAGUCACGAGAGCGGUGGCUUCUCCGACCGUAUCUCGUCUGACGGACACGACCAAGUUCACUGGGUCACACAAGGAGCGUUUUGACGAGAGUGGCCGUGGGAAGGGGAAGGCAGGUCGCGUGGACAUGGUGGACACAUCGGGGUACGUCGCAGGAUACAAACACCUCGGGUCAUACGAGAAGAAAGUCACCAAGCCCACCGGGCCCCCUGGAGCCGGGCACUCUGGAGGAGGGCCCCCUGGAGCCGGGCACUCUGGAGGAGGGCCCCCUGGAGCCGGGCACUCUGGAGGAGGGCCCCCUGGAGCCGGGCACUCUGGAGGAGGGCUCCCUGGAGCCGGGCACUCUGGAGGAGGGCCCCCUAGAGCCAAACCAGUGUGAGGAAAGUAGAAAGAAAGAAACAAACAGAAACAUAAGACCAACUACGAGGAUAAUAAUUUUCUAAAGAAAGAACUCCAUGAAAGCACAACAAAAAGAUAGGAUUUCAUAUUUUCUCACCCAUCUUGUUUUCUUUUUGCGAGUGGGAUGUUUUGAGUUCCUCUCUUUUUUGUUAUGUGUGAGAACUGGAAAACUGUUUACAUCAAUUUUUACAGCUGGUACAUUCCUAACAGAUAGCAAGUUACUGCCAAAUGUUAAAUGAACCCACCAACCAACAAGGGAAACCAACUGCUCUGCAUUUCCUGAAACCUCUUUAUUAUGAUAGGGCCUUGACAUCUGUAUUAUAAGCACUAUGAAUAACACCAUGCCAAGAAAAACACAUAAGAGGGAAGAAAGGGUUCGCCAAAUUAUUUAACAAGAUUGCACUUUGCUUAAGAUAGGCCAUAGCUUCUUUUCCCAUUUUUAGUUGAAGAAAUACAUCCUUAAUUUCAUACUUUUUGAGUUAAUUGAAUGUUUAUUGGCAUAAACUGGUGAAGUAGAUAUACUGGUAGGUUGUUAUAUUGAUCAAACCAUCUUCAAUAUCAACUUUCUGCCUUUCCUCUGGUCAAUGAAGUCUGCUGUCUUCAUCUACUGGCUGUCUGUUCUCCUUUAUACUUCAUCAUAGUUUACACAUAUUGACGACUACAUAGUUUGCCUUCAAUUGUUCUUAAAAUAACUAAACCUUGAACAGGAUAUGUAGAAGUUCUGUGUCUUCCUGUCUUUAGCUACGUAUAUCAUAUGAAUAAUGAUAACAUUUUAUUUUUGUUCAUUCUACUGUCAGAUACCAAGUUUGUUAUCUAUGAGUCUUAACUUCCCUUUCUUGUGAAUCUUGCUUUUAUAAUCGUUCUGUGACGUUAUAUCGGUACUGUACCUUAUGUAUUUACAACACAAGGAGAAGAAUAAUGCUAGAAUUAUUUGAUAUCCUAAGGCCAUGUCUUGUCUGGUUCAUUCUGAAACCCUCAUCAAUUAUUUACACCCAACAUAUUAAAUAAGAUAAUAGGUAAAUGACCCUGAAAUUAUUAUCUCUAAUCAUUCAUCUAAAUCACACACACCGAUUUGAUAACGCUCCACAGUUUGUUCACACUAUGUCGGUUGUACUAGCUGGACCUCUGAAACUAAGAGGUGAGCUGGGUUGUUCAGGUUUGGAUUUUUCAAUAUUUAACUGAUUUAUAUUGCCAUCAGAUUUCUCUAGUUGUAAUAUAUUGGUGGAAAGAGAGUGUAUAUUUCUAAACAUGUGGCUGCAUGGCUUCAUUUAAGACCCUGACUGUGUUCCUGUUUUUCUUGUCUUGCUGUAUCUUAUGCAUGAAGUCAUGGAAUGCUACUACUUUACCGUUAACAAUAGGAAACAGACAACAUAUUUCAGAUGUCUCAUUUCAACUGCUGUGUUAGUGACUCGGUUAUAGUGACUUGCUCUGCUCCUGCAUUCUGGCAGAGUAGUCAGACCAAUGGAAUUAAAACUUAAACAACUUCACUUUGACAAGAGGACCAAGUUGUGGUUAAAUUGUGUACAGAGUGUUCAGAGAUCCUAUAAAUGACUAUGUAUAGACUAAGAAUAUCAAAGGGGACAUUUGUGGCCAAGGAGUUGGGUGACAUUAUCAGGUGAUAUUAUCAUUGACCGUAGAUGCUAAAAAAUCAAUAGCUUGGUGGAACCAGCCUGAUUGCUGCGUUCACUAUGAAAUAAAAUGAUGAACCAGCCUGAUCGUUGCGUUCACUAUGAAAUAGAAUGAUGAACCAGCCUGGUCGCUGCGUUCACAUGAAAUAGAACCAUGAAAUAGAAUGAUGAACCAGCCUGAUCGCUGCGUUCCCUAUGAAAUAGAACCAUGAAAUAGAAUGAUGAACCAGCCUGAUCGCUGCGUUCCCUAUGAAAUAGAAUGAUGAACCAGCCUGAUCGCUGCGUUCCCUAUGAAAUAGAACCAUGAAAUAGAAUGAUGAACCAGCCUGAUCGCUGCGUUCACUAUGAAAUAGAAUGAUGAACCAGCCUGAUCGCUGCGUUCCCUAUGAAAUAGAAUGAUGAACCAGCCUGAUCGCUGCGUUCACUAUGAAAUAGAAUGAUGAACCAGCCUGAUCGCUGCGUUCCCUAUGAAAUAGAAUGAUGAAUCAGCCUGAUCGUUGCGUUCCCUAUGAAAUAGAAUGAUGAACCAGCCUGAUCGCUGUGUUCACUAUGAAAUAGAAUGAUGAACCAGCCUGAUCGCUGCGUUCACUAUGAAAUAGAAUGAUGAACCAGCCUGAUCGCUGCGUUCACUAUGAAAUAGAAUGAUGAACCAGCCUGAUCGCUGCAUUCACUAUGAAAUAGAAUGAUGAGCUAGCGAUCAUACUGGUUCCACCAGGCUACAAAAUCAAAUGCCAGCAAUUUGAAUUGUGUCAAAUGGAUGCAUAUCAAACUAGAAGUUUUCACAUUCUAAAUGAAAAAGACUGCUAUGCCAUAGAUACUACAGUUAGGUACAUAUGACUAGUGACCUCAUCAGUAUUGUUUGUGACCCUUGAAUUCUUGUCUUUGAAGAAGGUUUAGAGAAACCUUUUUAGUGUAAACACUGUUGUCCUGACACUUUCCACGGCACACAUUCAAUGGAAUACAAAAGGCAGGGUAAUAUAGUACUGUAAUAUUUGAUGGACAUACUGUAUGAGGUGAAGGGGAUGAACAAAGAAGUAGACUUUUGUAGGACAUGUAUUUUUCCAGCAUAAUGACAUCCUGUUGCUUUCAUACUGGUCACCCUACCUUAGCCUCUGCUGACCAAUAAGACUCAUGCGUUGAUUGAGAUCAACACCUGUUAACUAGUGGAAUCGUAGUCGCUUUAGUACGAUUUGUCUUGUGUGCUUAAUGCCAAAUACUGUGCACCCUUUCGUGUGGAGAAGCAAUACCGUCUUAUUUUUUCAAAAAAUAACUUGUUAAUGUACUAUUAUUGUGACCUGGUGCAUGCUUUGUGUUUUGGUUCUUGUUCUCGAGACCUGUGUUCAUGAUUUGUAGCAUUGUUGAAAAUAAAAACUCCCCAUCCUGAAGAA